AUGCAUCACCAGUUGUUUAAUGCUCUGGUGGGCAUGGCAGGCAUUGCCUCCGCCGCGACCAUUCCCCAGUCAGCCUCUGGCACCAGCACGGCAUCCGGCAUCAGCACGGCAUCCGGCAUCAGCACGGCAUCUGGCAGCAGCACGGCCUCUGGCAGCAGCACGGCCUCUGGCAGCAGCAGCGCUGCCUCUGGCACCAGCACGGCCUCCGCCGCCGGAGCUAUCACCAAGAUCGACAACAAGGUCCUGAUCCUGGCUCGUGACGCCGAUGGAGCCAGCUCGGCCUCUGCCGGCCUUUCCGGCUAUGGCAUUCCCUUCGAGCCUGUUCUCAUUCCCAAGGAGGGCGGCGCUAUCCCCACGCUCAAUGCCACCGCAACCGAGGGCAAGUACUCGGGGAUCAUCGUCAUCGAUGCCCUCGCCUACGACUACGGCGCCGAUGGCUGGCGGUCGGCCGUGACCACCGACCAGUGGAACACGCUAUGGGCAUACCAGGCCAGCUUCAAGGUCCGCAUGGUCCGCAUCAACGAGUUCCCGGGCCCGUCCUUUGGUGCGGGCCUCGCCGGUGCUGGCGGCUGCUGCGAUACCGGCGUCGAGCAGCUCAUCAGCUUCACCAACACGACCCUCUUCCCCACUGCUAAUCUCAAGACCAACGCCGGCAUUACCAGCCAGGGUCUGUGGCACUACCCGGCCGUCAUCACCGACCCCUCGACCACGACGCAGGUUGCCAAGUUCGGCCCUGGCGGCAGCUACACUUCCGACUCGGUUGCUGCUGUCGUCAACAAGUUCCCCGGCGGCCGUGAGCAGUUUGUCUGGUUUACCAGCUGGGCGCCCUCGUGGUCGGCCACGUCCAACUACCUCCAGCACGCCCACAUCCACUGGAUGACUCGCGGCAUCUUCCUGGGCAAGCGCAAGACGCACGUGAGCGCCCAGGUCGACGAUGUCCAGCUCAAGACCAACAUGUACUAUCCCGCCGGUGCCUCGUACAAGAUCACGACGGCCGACCUCGAUGCCCACAUCACCUGGAUGACUGACCUCAACAAACGGCUGCCCGCCGGCUCCAACUUCAAGGUCGAGCUCGGCCACAACGGCAACGGAGACAUCGAGAACGCCACCGCCGUCGACAACACCGCCUGCGUUCCCAACUACGCCGUCGAGUACGACGAUGCCGCCGCCACGACGCUCGAGUACCAGAAGCCCCUUGGUUCCGGCGCUGACCGCUGGCCCACCGAGUUUACUACCUACCCUUGGUCCCUUACCUGCGCCCAGCGCGACUCCUUCGCCAAGUGGUUCGGCACGCCCGCCAAGCUCAACGCCUUCAUGCACAUGUCGCACACUUUCUCGCACAUGGAGCUCAACAAUGCCACGUACAACGACGCCAAGCGCGAGAUCCACUCGGCAUCGCCGGGGCCACCUCCUUCUCGCCCAAAGGGCCUCAUUCCUCCCGCCAUCACCGGAAUGCACAACGGCGACGUCAUCAAGGCCUGGAUGGACUCUGGCCUGACCAGCGUUGUUGGCGACAACACCCGCCCCGUCCUAAGGAACUCUCAGAGCAAGUACUACCCGCUCACCUCGACUGUUGCUAGCAACGGCUACGACGGCCUGACCAUUGUCCCCCGGUACUCUACAACUAUUUACUACAACUGCGAUACCCCUGAGUGCACCACCAAGGAGUGGAUCGACACGUCCGCCGGCAAGGGCAACUUCACCGACCUGCUCGCACUCACAAAGGCCGACAAUACCCGCUACCUCUUCGGCCUGCAAUCCGACCCCUACAUGUUCCACCAGGCCAACAUGAGGUCGGCUGACAUGCCCUCCAUGACCAUCGGCUCCCAGACGGGCCAGAUGUCCCUCCUCAUGGCCUGGACCGAGACCAUCACCCAGGAGAUGACCCGCCUCACCAACUGGCCCAUGAUCUCCCUCAAGCACGACGACAUCGCCCAGUACUUCCUCGACCGCCAGGCCCUCGACAAUUGUCAGCCCGCCCUGUCUUACGGCUUUGCCUCCGACGGCGCCACCGUCACCUCCGUUACCGUCAGCACCAACGGCAAUUCCUGUUCCGUGCCCGUGCCCGUCACCAUCCCUGACGGCACCACCACGGCCACCGGUGGCUCCGUCACCGACGACAAGGUCGGCUCCGAGCCCCCCAUCCAGUGGGUCACCCUUAAGGGCCAGCCCGUCACCCUUAAGCUCUCCGCCGGCGUCAAGGUCUAG